GGCAGCAGGCGCCGGGCCACCCGCGAGUGUGCGCAGAAACUUCGGCCACCUACGGCGGUGCGCGAGGAGCGCGGCUGACCCGCCGGCGCCAUGCGCGCCCUGCCUGGCCUGCGGGGGCUCCGGGGGCCGCCGCCGCUGCAGCUGCCGCUGCUCCUCCUAUGCCUCCUCGCGGCCGUACGCCGGGGCUGGGCGGACGGCAAUACCACAGCUUCACCUCUUACGACUCUACCCAUCCGAGAAGAAAUGAUGACAAAAUAUUCUAACCUUUCCUUGGGGAGUCAUAACAUAUCACUGACUGCUUCACCUCCUACGACUCUACCCAUCCGAGAAGAAAUGAUGACAAAAUAUUCUAACCUUUCCUUGGGGAGUCAUAGCAUAUCACUGACUGAACAGUCCAGUGUGCCAGUGGAAAAAAAUAUCACUUUAGAACGACCUUCUAGAAUAGAACUCACAUGCAAAUUCACGGCAUCUGGGGAUGUGAAUUCAGUAAAUGUGACUUGGAAAAAAGGUGAUGAACAACUUACGAAUUAUUGCAUCAAUGCCACAGGAAACAUCCUGUAUACCCAGUACAUGUUUACCAUCAUUAAUAGCAAUCAAAUGGGAAACUAUUCGUGUUUCUUUGAAGAGGAAAAGAAACAAAGGGGCACAUUUAAUUUCAGAGUCCCUGAAGUUCAAGGAAAAAACAAACCAUUGGUCACUUAUGUGGGGGAUUCAGCUGUCUUGAUAUGUAAAUGUCAACACUGUUCUCCUUUAAACUGGACCUGGUACAGUAGUAACGGGAGUAUACAGGUUCCUGUUGAUGUUCACGUGAAUGAUAAGUAUGCGAUCAAUGGAACAAACGCUAAUGAAACCAGGCUCAAGAUAAUGCAACUUUCAGAAGAUGAUAAGGGAUCUUACUGGUGCCAUGCAGUGUUCCAAUUAGGCGAGAGCCAAAUACACGUUGAACUCGUUGUGCUGAGUUAUUUGGUACCCCUCAAACCAUUUCUUGGAAUAGUUGUUGAAGUUAUUAUUUUAGUGGCUAUUAUUCUGUUUUGUGAAAUGUACACCCAAAAGAAAAAGAUGCACACAGAUGAUGGGAAAGAAUUUGAACAAGUUGAGCAGUUGAAAUCAGAUGAUAGCAACGGCGUAGAAAAUAAUGCCCCCAGGCACAGAAAAAGUGAAUCUGUGAGCCAGUGAAUGCGAAACAUCAUGUCAAGAGUCAUGGGAAGAUGUACAGUUUGUACUUCAGCUUUGUUUGUUUCCUGUUAAGAAUAUCUGAGUUUUUAUUUUUAAAAGGAUGAAAAGUUUAUGCAAUAUGCUCAGCAGUAGCUUUGUAAUAAUAUAUGCUAUAUCAGAUCUAAAGAUAUAUUUCCCUUCUGUAAUUAUUUUACAUUAAAGCAAGGUAAAUUAUAUUCAAUAUAUCCUAUGAGCUAUCACCCAGGAUAAUUAAUUUCAUCUUGGUCAUCUAGGGAUGCACAGAAGAGAUACCAGCAAAACCGGUUAAUACUACACAGAACUAAUGUCACUCAAGACCUGUUUAUAACCAAAGAAUUCAUUAAAGAGAAAACUUUUGCUAUUUGCCUUAAAAAGUUUUUUUUUUUCCGGUCAUGCUUACUAUGUCUAGACAUAUUUGUAAUAAUUUUCAUGUAAUGUUCACCCUCUGUCAUAUUGGAUAAAAACAUCUUCACUAGGAAAUGAAUACUUUCUGCCUUUGCUAAUGAUUUCAAUCUCCACAGGAAAAACAUACUUUGCCUCCACAAAUACUGGUUUAAGGCAAGGAAAUAUAACCACAUACUUGCUCCAAAUCUCCCAUCACCACAAAAACAUGUUUCCCAACCUUUGUUCUACUCAUUUCCAUUGCUUAUACACACCAGGCAAAAGUGACUUUUAGUCUUUAUGUAGAGCAUUUUUUCAAUGCCAUGGGUUUUGGAUUUUUUAAGUUGCACCUGGUGUUGAUGCUCUGGGUCCAGGUCCAUAUAGUCAUAAUAUAGCCCUGCUACAGGGAUGCUUCUGUGGUUCAUGGUUUCCUGGGAUCUUUGACUUGAUACCUGGUGUCUUGAUACCCAUGGAUGGCUAAAUAUCUAAAAAUGCAUUAUUAAUGCUUUAUAGUCAUGAUUCCGUUGUUUGAAAUCAAUCCAGAAGUACUAAAGGGCUUCUUCUAUGCGGUUGCAAAUGCCUUAGACUUUUCUUCAAAAUUAGCUUAGUUUCUAUUGCAUAUAUAACUGAAAUAUUUUAUAAAAUCACUGUAACCAAACCAAAUGAAAUAUGAAUAGACAUGAAACAUUGUCAGUGGCUUUGAGUGGACUAUAAAAUCAUACUACGGUAUACUCAAUUGGGUUGAAGACAAUGAUGUGAAGCCUGCUGGGUGUCCUUAGUGCUGGUGGGUCCCAUCUAGCAGAGGUCAGAACAAUCAGAAGCCAAAGGGGAAGUCUGGGAUGGUGGCAAGGAACCCGCAAUUUUUGGUGACUAGAAGAUUAAUAUUUGGAGAAGAGGAGUUCAAUGAUUUGGGGAGAAAAUACCUUAUAGAAUUGUACAUUAUGUACUGGCUGAGAAAAUGAUAAAAUUGUGGUAGUGAAAAUUAUAAUUUAUAUGGCAUCUUAACUAAUGUUAAAAUAUUACUAAUUGGAAUAAUAUGCCUAAGGUGGUGACUUCGAAGCUGCCCAUUACUUUGUUGCAGCACUAUUUUGUGUAAAGCGUGUUAACUGUACUUGCACAUUUUAUUGAACUAGAGUAUAUCCCUUAAGUAAUGGCAGAUUUCAUUUUAUUCUUAGUCUCAGAGCCAUAAGCCAUGCAGUGUUUUGGUUUAAUUCAUUAUUUGGUAACGUUCUCUUGGAUGGUAGCUCUAUGAUGGCAGACAACCAGUCAGUUCACUUCAUUAAUACAAACAAUUUGAAUUCAGUGAAAAAUUAGUCAAACCUGUUAUUUGACUAAGUCCAAUUCAAAGUGGUAUAGUUAUGAUUGGGUAUAUUUAAAACCAAAAACAAUUUGUAGUUCAUAAGCAGUAUGUAUCUGUCCAUUUUGCCACACUGUUUAGGCUAGAUGUUUUUCAAGCAAGAGAAAUUACUGCCCCAUGGUAAAAUAAUCUGAAAUAUUUAUUUGUAUAGUAAAUUGAAUUUUUAAGUGUCAAUGCUUGCUGUUUUUCCUAGCAAAGGCAGUUCAUUUCAGUAACCUUAAGCAGAAAAAGUACUCAGAAAAUUAAAAUUGAGUUUUGGCUUUUUAGAUUCUCUCUGGAAGAACUUCUGGAAAAUUACCUCAGACUCUUAGAUUAGAAGUGGAAUGCUUCCAUUAAUUAACCUCAUGUGGAAGAUAAAUGGAUUAACUCAUAAUAACCAAUUGUAAAUUGGCUGAAAAUACUAAGUAAGCAGAAAAGCUGAAGUAGGAAAACUGCUCCACAUUUAUAUAUUAGACACCCUGGGAAAUUCUAUUAAUCUUUCCAGCUUACAGGGCUUUGCAGAAUAAGGAGAUUUAAUGAUGUUUUAAAAUUCUCAGAUACUUUCAUAGUCAGUUUAUGCUUUAAUGUAAAUCUUCUCCCAUGGUAUCUUUCUCUUUUUCUUCAGCAUCUGGUUACUUGGGUCAAAACCCAGAACUCAUUGUGAUGUUUUCUUCUCCUCUAUUAACUAAGACUCAUUAGUUAUGAAUCUUUGUUUCUUUGACCUUCUCACUGUUCAUUAUUCCACCCAUUGCCUUCACCACCCCAUUCUCACAACUGCAACAGCAACAGUCUUGAUUUUCCUACCUCCAUCUCAUUUUCCUAUUAAUCCAUUUUUUGUAUAGCUGCCCGAUCAUCUUUUUAAAUACAAAUCUUGCUAUGUUAACUUAAUAUGGAAGCUUCCAUGCCAAACCUCUGCAGGCUUACCUUUGCCAUUUCUUAAUACCGCAGUUUUCCAAAUGGCUAAUCUCUCUCCAGUGUCUUGACUUAGUCUUGACAUAUACAGAUUUGGUGCAGAAUGCUAUCCCCCUGUGCUCCUUCCAUUGACUAACUUGAGUUUAGCGUUCAAAACUUUAAUCUGACGUUAUUUCCUGGUGGAACUUUCAUACUCAGUGGGAGUGUAUACCAUGUUAUUUGCUCAAAUAACUCCACAUUUCUUUGUGUUUAUUACCCUGUAUUAUAAACAUACAUUUGUCUCCUUCCUGUGUCAUGUACUUACCACAAAGAGGAUAAAUUAGAGAUGUCAUAAAUGUGUGUUGAAUAGAUAUAAGUAAAAAUCAAAUUUCAUUAAUUUGUAGUUAUUUUUAGAACAAUCUAAAUUGUGACAUCAGGAUGAAAAUACAGGGCUGCCUGAGUGGCUCAGUCGGUUGAGCAACCAACUGUUGGUUUUGACUCAGGUCAUGAUCUCACAGUUGUGAGAUCAAGCCCUGCAUUGGGCUCUGCUCUCAGUGUGGAGUCUACCUGGGAAUCUCUUUGUCCCCUCUCCCUCUGACCCUCCUGUCCUGUGCUCUCUCUCUCUCUCUCUCAAACAAGAAAUCUCUAAAAAAAUUUUUUAAAGAAUUAAAAUACAAUAUUUUAACAGAGAUAAACAAGGUUUUAUGAGUCAAUGUUUGCUUCUGUUACUUUGAAAACUACAUAGUAAUACGAUAAAACAUCCCAUCAGAUUUUAAUAAUGUGUUAAUAUCUCGUGAGCAAAUAGAAUUCUGAUUCCUAAACCGUUAUACAGGGUAUGCCCCUUUCAAUUUAUUUAAAUUUCUAUUGUUCUCUAUUUUUCAUAGAUAGUUCAAAUGUUAACCUCAUUUUUAUCCUUUAUUUUAAUAAGAUAAGGUAUUGACUUUAAAUAUAAAGAUAUUUAGCAACUAGCCCUUUGCAUGGUACUAUAAAGCGCAUUAAUAUUUGUGCUCCCUCCACUAAUUUCUUAUUCCUCUUUCCUGCGGCAAUACCUUACAGUACCUUAGAGCAUCUCAGAAUCCAAUUCAAAACUUUAUCUUAAAAGAAACAAAAUUUUUUAAAGAAAGGUUUCAUUGUUUAGUUUUGCUCACUGAAAGUUUGUCUUUAAUCAAAUUCAUCAAAAGAAAAAAAUGUCCCUUCUGCUCACUUAUUCCCUAGGUCUUCAUCUCUGAGGCAUUUAAAUAGAUUUAUACAAAAUGGUUUACUGAAUAGCUACUAUACUACCUUAUAGAAAAUGAAUUUAUCUCAUUGAAAAAGGCUUUGCAAUGAGUUAGGGACUUACUCCCUAUUACCAUCAUUCAUCUUCAGGGGGGAGUAAGUUCAAGUAUGUGUUCCAGUAUUAAUUGAAAGGCACAGUGACCUACUUACAGCAUGCUCUGAAUAUUUAUUAGAUGAAUGAAAAAUAGAUGAGUGACUCAAUUAUUUUGGAAUCUUAAAUUAUACAUUAUUUACAUGAUACCUACUUUGAUUCUCAUUAAUUGUGAAUAUAUCCUAUCUAGAGAAAAAGAAAACUGGAACUUGCUAUGUUCAAUUCUGUGAUAUUUAGGAAUGUAUUUGCACUGAAUCUAGAAGGUCAGUUACAUGCCAAAUUGAGUUCUUCAUUGAGAAUAUAUAAUAUUAUUAAAUAAUAAUAACUGAUAUUAGUCAAGUGCUUAGCAUGUGACAGGCACUGUACUAAAUGUUUUGACAUGUGUGACCUCACUGAAUCCCCACAUCUUAUGCUACAGGAACUAUUAUCAUCUGCUGUAUUAGAGAAGAGAAAACCAAAGCUUAGGGAGAUGGAAGUAUUUGGAACUGGGAUUGAAAUCCAAAGAGUCCUUCUCAGGAGUCUAGGUUUAGCAACCAUGUUGAACAGCUUUAGCCUCUACUUACCUGUGUCUUAGAAAAUGAGGCUAUUAUCUAUAUCAAGCAUCUUUUUAAAAAAUUUUUACUCUUUUAGAUGGUCAGUUAAAUAAGAUCCAUAAUCUUAUCCUUAAGGUUUGUACGACCUAUGCUAUGGCGUAUUUGUGUCCCUGAGGUGGUGCUGGGCAAGCAUGAUACUAUUUGGAAAGUCUUUCCUUCGGUUCCUCCCGCCCGCCCCCCCCCAUGCCACCAUUUCUUUUCUCAAUAGCUAGUGUGACUAUUGACUUUAUCAUCCAAACACUGAGAACAAAAGAAGGUGCUAUAUAUCAUUUCACCAGGACAACAGACAGAAAACGGACCGUAUGGUCACAUUUUUAGUCUGCAGGGACCUAAGUACUCUACGGAUGUUCUAGCCUAGAUACAGCAAUAACAUCUGUAGCAAGUUUGACUGAUAAACAGAAAUUCACUUUCAGGGAAAGAACCAUCUUUAGAAAAUGCCCGGUGAGUCUCACUAUAGAGAAAUGUCUAGAAUGAGACAAUUAGUAAGCUUAGAGAUUUAUUACUUUCCAAAAGUAAUACAAUUAAAAUUUAUUAUCAUUCAAAAGUAUGAUUCACAGUCAUAAGAGAAGUUGGAAAAGAAAGUCGUGUUUUUGAUAACCUGUGAAAUGAACUGGACAAUUCUUUGGAUUUGCUUAUCUUCAUGAUUAAUGUGUCAUAAUAAUACCCAUGUGAUUCUCAAUGAAUCAGGAAUGCCUGAUUAUGCUUUUACAAUAAAAUUUACUUAUAAAAUCAGUGAGGAUCAAUCAUGAAUAACAUUGUCAAAAUUACUUAUAGUCACAUGAUUAACUUGUAACAUCUAUAUUUCUUACUCUCUCAUUUUCCAAAUGAGAAAAUGCUAGGGCAACUUGUUUAGGGUAUUGGUUAAAAUCUAUAUAUUAUUUUGGUGUGUUAUCUAUUUGUUUAAGAACUUUUGUUCAUAAAAUUGAUUUUGCUAUUUAAUUUGUAAUUUACUUCAAGAAUAGCACAAAUUCUUAUUUUUUCUGUUUUAUUUGAUAAAUGAAAAUAUUAGACUUAUCACAUAUAUAAGUAACUGUUAUUUAAUACUACAAAAAUAUCACAAAAUAUGAUUAUAUUAACUGCUUUUGUAUGUCUUAAGAUAAAAACUUGACCAUAAAUUUUACUUUAAAAAAAAUCAAGGACCAUAGAUUUUUUAUGAUAUAUUUCCUAAUAAUUUUAAUAUUUUCUUUUUUUAGCAUAUAUGUCUAAAUUCUCCUUAAUGCCUUUCUGUAUUAUGUAAAUAGCACAGAAAAUACCUGUAUUGGAAUGUUUCAAAAAAACUUUUUUUUUUGCCUAUAACUCAAAGACUGUAUCUAACAUGCAAUUAAAU